GGCGGUGGCGCAAGCCGCGCGGAGCAGCGCUGCCCGGGUCUCCUGCUGCGUGGCUGCGUGCUCCCGACCCGGCCGUCCGAACCUGUGGGCCCGCGCGCGCUUCUGAGCGUCCGGAGGAGUCCAUGGUGCAGAACUUAGCGGCGGACUGACGGACACCGGGCCUCCUGCGCUGGCGCGGCCGCCGGAGCGACGCCUGGACCUCGGCCUGAGGAAACGCCUUCACGAGGAGAGAUGAAGAAGAAACCCGUAUAUAAUCAGAGUGUGGGUGAUCAGGAGAGUGAAGAUGCGGAAGGUGAAGAAAACAGAAAUAAUGCUGAUACUUCUGGCUUACUGUACAGUGAGGUGGACAGAUGUCCAAUCUGUCUUAGUUGCCUAUUAGGGAAGGAAGUUGGUUUUCCAGAAAGUUGUAAUCAUGUCUUCUGUAUGGCCUGUAUUCUUAAAUGGGCAGAGAUACUGGCUUCUUGUCCAAUCGAUCGGAAACCCUUUCAGGCAGUGUUUGAACUCCGUGCAUUUGAAGGUUGUGCUAAGAUUCAGGUAAAAAGACGGUCGAGAGAAUUAGACGACAAGGAAAAUGAGGAGUCUUUUAAGAAACAACUCGUUUAUCAUGAAAGUUCCAAAAGCGACAAGAGAAAAGGAAACACUGUAAGAGAAGAUCUGUUAUGUGAGAGAUCUGAUGACUUGAAGGUGUUGUAUAGAAACUUUUCAAACAAUAAAAUGGGUGGAAAGAAAAAUGCUACAGUAAAGACAAACAAGGUUCAAAGAUUGAAUCAGUGUACAGAUUCUUGUGUGAGAAGUGACAUGCCCAGUGUAUCUUCAUGUGACGGCCACAGUUGGGGACCUCGCACCUACAGAGUUUCCUGUACAGAAUCUAUAGAAGUCAAUGAAAUCAAUGCAUUGAUUAGGCAGAAACGACAGGAACUGGAGUUGUCAUGGUUUCCUAAUACAUUACCUGGGAAUGGAAGAGUUGGCUCUGUACCCUGGAGUGUGGAGACAGCAGUUCUUCCUCUGGUUUCCUCAGUGCUGCCAAGGACGAUUUUUCCAGCAAGUACCAUGUCACUAGAAAAUUUUGGUACUUCUCAUAAGGGGUAUGCACUAGCACAUACCCAAGGAGGAGGAGAAAAAAAGCAAACUUCAGGUACAUCAAACACCAGAGGAUCAAGACGAAAACCUGCAACAACUGCUCCUACAAGGAGGUCCACACGAAACACACGCGUUGAGACAGUCAGUCCAUCCCAGAAGUCCCCAGUGCCAAACUACUCUGAGUGUGAUGCCCCAGGGAAUAGUAAUUCCUCUGUCAGUAUUUCCCCUCCAGCUGAAUCAGAAAAGCAAACAAGACAGGCUCCAAAACGGAAGUCAGUAAGGAGAGGAAGAAAACCACCUUCUUUGAAAAAGAAACCUCGGAAAUCUCUACCUCCUGCUGAAAAAACCACAUCUAGCGAUUCAGUAGAGGAAGACACUGUGGAUUCUGACACUCCACCCGUGUUGGAAAAGGAGCAGCAAUCAUGUGUAGAGAGUAGUAGCAUUUGCUCUAUUCAGACAGAUGAAGAGAAUCAUUUGGCUAAGUGCUUGGAAAGUUGCGAUGAACAAACAGAAGAAAAUGAACAAACCAAGAAUCAUGAGAUCGAGGAACAAACAGAAAUUUUAAAUUCUGAAUCUUGCACUCAGUAUCCUCCUGUGCUUGUUGGAGAGGAUUCAGGGAUAGAGGCUAAGGAGUUAUGUGUAGACAAUGAUGUUUCUACAGAUUCUUCUCUAAAAGGAAGUGAUCCAUUGGAAAAUCAAGAACAGGGCUCUGGAAGCUCAGGGUCAGAGGUGCAGGCAUCCGUGUGUACGGAGAGUCCGCCUGAGGAUUUCCUUACGUGUCCACCGUCUGACAUUGAAGGACACCAGCCAGUGUCCGGUCCCCUGGGUGAAGUAUCUGAAAACGCCACCCCAGUGCUUAGUGAUGAAAGAGCAGAGGACAGUCUCAUGGUAGGAAACGCUGAUUUGAAUGAUUCUGUAGAGAACACAGAAGCAUUUGUAAUGAGCCCCAAAGUGGAGUCUUCUGAGGGUGAAAUUACACAUGGACUGAACAGACAUUGUAUUCCCAGCUCAGACACGGAGUUGCCUGAGCUUAUUCAAACAGAAAAUACAGAAAUAAUUCCAACAUGUGGCACUUUAGAAAAUGAAAGUUCUGGUGCUGUUCAAGGUUGUGAAGAUACCUUACUAAAACAUAAUCUUGACAACACCCAAUUGGAUAACUCCUUAGAAGAAAAGACAGACUCUCUGGUUGAGCAUCCCAUCCAUGCAGAGUUACCUCACAAAGAAGUUGAACAGAGUGAGAAACAUUUCAGUGAAGAUAAUAAUGAAACAGUACCUAUGGAGUGCGAUUCUUUCUGUAGUGACCAGAAUGAGUCUGAAGUAGAGUCAUCAGCAAAUACUGACCCCAAACAGUUGAGUGAAAAUUCUGUGACACACAGUUCUGACAACAAGCUGUCUUCUGAUCCUGUAGUUGAGAAUGUUGAAACUGUAGCUCAACCAGCUGAAAGCCUAGUGGAUAAAGCCCCAAAGCCUCGAACUCGGAGAUCUAGAUUCCAUUCUCCGUCUACAACUUGGUCUCCCAACAAAGAUGCUGCACAAGAAAAGAGGCGCGCUCAGUCUCCAUCUCCGAAAAGAGAGACUGCAGUAGAAAGUAAGAGUUCUCAGUCACCAUCCCCCAAGAGAGAGUCUGCCAGAGGACGAAGAAAAUCCCGUUCUCUCUCACCAAAAAAAGAUGUAUCAAGAGAAAGGAGGCAGUCUCGGUCUCCAAAGAGAGAGAAUGCUAGGGAAGCUAAAAGGUCUGAGUCAGGCUCCCCAAGAAGAGACACUUCUAGAGAGAACCAGAGGUCUCAGUCCAGGGUGAAAGAUUCUUCCUCCAGAGAAAAAUCUAGGUCCCGGAGCAGAGAAAGAGAGAGUGACAGAGAUGCUCAGAGGAGAGAUCGAGAUAGAGAGAGGCGAGCCAGAAGGUGGUCCCGGUCUAGAUCUCGCUCUCGAUCGCCAUCAAGAUCAAGAACGAAGAGUAAGAGUUCAUCAUUUGGUAGAAAUGAAAGAGAUACUUACUCUCCCCGGUGGAGGGAAAAAUGGACAAAUGAUGGUUGGAGGUGUCCCAGAGGGAACGACCGGUACCGGAGGAAUGAUUCAGAGAAACAGAAUGAAAACACAAGAAAUGAAAAAGAUGACAUCACUGCAGAUAAUACUAAUGAUCCCAGUUCCACAGAUAAGCAUAGAGAUGACUGUCCCAGCUGGGUGACAGAAAAAAUAAACUCUGGGCCAGAUCCAAGGACCAGAAAUCCAGAAAAGUUAAAAGAUUCCCACUGGGAAGAAAAUAGAAAUGACAAUUCAGGGAAUUCUUGGACUAAAAACUUUGGCCCAGGCUGGAUGUCCAGCCGUGGUCGAGGAGGCCGUGGGAAGGGUGCUUACAGAGGUAACUUUGCCUGUAACGACCAGAGCGAGAACAGGUGGCAAAGCCGCACCCCCCUCUCAGGGAGCGACUCCUUCAAGUCUGUGGAGCAGCAGCCCAGUAAGCGGAAAAGCGAGCAAGAACUGUCCUUCGGCACUCCAGCAGACAGGUCGGGGUGGACCUCCGCCUCCAGCUGGGCGGUGAGGAAGACUCUGCCAGCCGACGUGCAGAACUAUUACUCUCGGCGCGGCAGGAGCUCUUCAGGCCCACAGUCUGCGUGGAUGAGACAGGAAGAGGAGACGCCGGAGCAGGAUUCUAACUUAAAAGACCAAACAAACCAAAUUGAUGGUUCUCAGUUACCGGUAACUAUGCUGCAGCCACACAUGAGUGUAAUGCAGCCUCCGGUGAAUGCCCAGCACCAGCCUGUGGGCAUCUUCCCGUACCCAGUGGGUGUUCACGCCCCUAUGAUGAAUAUGCAGCGGAAUCCAUUCACCAUGCACCCUCCGAUGCCCCUGCAUCUCCACACGGGAGUACCUCUCAUGCAGGUAGCUGCCCCUGCAAGCAUACCUCAGGGACCGCCACCACCGCCCCCUCCCCCGCCAUCCCAGCAGGUCAACUACAUCGCCUCACAACCAGAUGGGAAACAAGUGCAGGGCUUUCCGAGUGCAUCUCAUGUAAGUAAUAACAUGAAUACACAAGUGUUGCCUGCUCCAUCAGCAGCCCCAGCAAACACCGGAUCAGUUCAGGGACCAAGUUCUGGUAAUACUUCGUCAUCAAGUCACGUCCAAGCCGCUAACGCUGCUGUAAAAUUGGCAGAAAGCAAAGUAAGUGUUACGGUGGAGGCCAGCGCAGAUAGCUCGAGGACAGACAAGAAAUUGCAGAUUCAAGAGAAAGCAGCACAGGAGGUGAAACUAGCUAUUAAGCCAUUUUACCAGAAUAAAGACAUCACUAAGGAAGAGUACAAAGAGAUCGUUCGGAAGGCUGUGGACAAAGUUUGUCAUAGUAAGAGUGGAGAAGUAAAUUCUACUAAAGUGGCAAAUCUGGUUAAAGCGUAUGUAGACAAGUACAAAUACUCUCGGAAGGGAAGCCAGAAGAAAACGCUGGAAGAACCCGUGUCUACUGAAAAAAACAUAGGCUGACAUGAGGAGCCUUGUAAAGGACACUGUCAAGAUAUCUGUAAAGUGCAAUUCAACGUGUAUCUUACUGAGAAUCAUGCACAACUGUGAUGGAAAUCUGGUUUUGAUAAAAUUAUUUUUUUUAUUGUAGGAUAUGUUUUGUUCAAAAUAUAGCUGUGCACUGCAACUUCUAUAUCUAACCUUAAACCCCAAUAAAACAAAUUCAAGGGGAAACCGAGGGUGUAAUGGAACGUGCGUUUUUAUCAGGACUGUGCUCAUGUGGACCCUGAAAGUGCAUGGCUCUCUAGGAGAACAGUGGGUGCAUAGCCAGAAACCUGUACAAUUGCGGGAGACACGCCUGUGUCCGUAUGGUACAUUCAUCCGUCAGGCCAGGAAAGUAUGAUGGUUAGGACCUCGUGCUUUCUAACUGUAGAAUUUUAACAUUGCUAUUAAAUAUAUCUGAUAUUAAUGACAUGCGUCUGCGUGAAGCGCAUAUCUCAGUAAAAAGGCUUAGGUAGAAAGCAGAUCAUCACGAGUAAGCAUUAGCUUCGAGCCUGCAGGUGCUCCUUGCCUUUUUUGUCACCAGAUAAAGGUCAUACUGUGUGUUGCUUUUGUGCUCCCAAUCUAGAAAAAAAAUUAGUGGUUUGAUUUGCUACAUUACAACUUUGCCUGUUCAAAGCUUUGUUGAAUUUAGGAGAGUAAUUUGGGCAAAAGCUAGUUUUUAUUAAAAAAAAAAAAAAACAACAAAAAAACCACCCAGCUAUGAUCUCUCACUAUACCUUCUACUUACCAGUGAUGUUAAAUUGUUUGUGCCAACUGGAGAAGCGCACCAAGUGGUGGUCUUCCUUUUGGGGACUGGCAUAGAACACAAGACCUACUUCACCGGCUUCAGGUUACUGCUCGUUUGUCACAGUGUCACAGUGAAGUGCCUCUCACACUUCGGAAUGUCCCUCAUGGUCUGCAGUGAAUAAAGUGUCAACUUGUUGAUUGGUAGUCAUGCUGCAUAAUUCUAGAUGUUAUAACUGAUAGAAGGGAGAAAAAUUAAGUCGUGCUACAUUUGCAUAGUUUAUCAGGGACUAAAGAUUUUUUUUAAAGCAUUGAGACAUGUUAAUAUGUUGAUGUUUAUGAAAAGUAGUAAGUUCACAGUGCUUGUGGCACUGUUAACAUUUAUUGACAUCUAGAAAGAAAAUUUUUCUAUGAUAAACUUUUACUGUAGUUAUAAUUUUCAGUAGAUAUCAAGUAGCUGAGAUGUUGUAAUAAUUCGGUGAUGGAUCGAGAUAAGCAGACUCAGUGAGGCUUGCGAUUCCCUAACAUGGACAGCAGUCUAUGUGAGCCUGUACUUCUCCGGCCAGCUGCUUCUCAGUCCUGAAUAAUGCUUCUUGCAUAAUGUUGGAAGGAGGGAAGGCUGGAAGGAGGGAAGGCAGGAAGGAGGGAGGGAGGAAGGAGGCAGGCAGGAGGGAGGGAGGAGGCAGGCAGGAGGGAGGGAGGAGGCAGGCAGGAGGGAGGAGGCAGGCUAGUUUUGAGAUUUAGCCACGGUGAUUGCACUAUGGUACUGAGCUUUGUUAGGGUACGGUUACUCCUAAAACAUUUCCUAAAGUUUUGAUCUUCAUUUCUACAUUUCUGUGCAUUUAUGAUGGAAUAUUUUACAUUUUUAAUUAAGUUUGUGUUUAGCUUAUGGUGGCUGAAGAAGUUGGAAGACAGUUCCAGACAGCAGUGGUAUCCCCUGCUCCCUUCAGCUCAGGAUCUUUUGAACAGUGGUGUCAACUUCUGGUCCUGCUUUGACGUUUGUGUCACAGGUGCUGUCUGUCCUCAUUAGGAAUGCAGCAUUGCUCUCCCUGACACCUGGGGAGUGAGUGACAAUUGAAGGUUUGUUUUACACCAUUUAGCUCUUGCAAAACAAGUUUUUAAAGUUUAGAGUAAAAGAAGGUGAUGUGUGAAGUAUUAAGGUCCCAUUCUUUGGUAGAGCUCCACUAUUCUUGAAAUUAAACAGGUAUGGGUUCUGUAUCUGGUAGAGCACUGGUUAGAGCGCUUCAGAAUAGUUAUUCAGAAUAGUUACCUAUUCAGAAUAGCUUAUUAUUUCUAAUACAUUCUAAUAUUAGAAUAUAUUCUGAUUGGAUUAGUAAUAUAUUAGAAAUAAAUGUAUUCUGACCAAGUUAGAAAAUGCAUGCUUUGCAUUAAAAAGAUACACUCUUGGUUUCUCUUUUUUUCCCCUCAGAAAUCCACAUUAGUUUUGCACGUAUAUAAACUUAACAGGGUUUGGGGUUGCGGGUUCCUUUUGAUCGUGACUCAGUAUUGACUUGACCCUUGCAGCCCUGGCCCCUUUAACUUGCCAGUCAUAUCGAUCCGUGUUUCAGGUCGUAGGAACGUUCAGUGUACUUACUUGUUAUUUUAACAUUCCAAAGGUUUUUUAAUUGUUUGUUGCUGUUCUGGUAACAACCACUACAUCGUCUCCAUUACUCGCCUUCAGAUGGCCAUGGUGUGAACUGCUGACCAUUCUACCCAAAGACAUGGCCUCAAGCAUAGUGGCUGCCCUGAGUUUUAGACAUUGCAGUGUGAGUUGCAGUGCUGUCGCUGAAACAACGCUCUAACACCAGACUGUGCUCUGUAAUAUAUCCUGAUACAAUUUUUUGCUAAACAAAGUAGUGUCUUUAAAAUUUUAUUAAGUUUUCUGGGAAAUGACGACUUUUAUAUCAAUUUAAACCAUUUCCAAUGUGUUGAAUUAUUCCUUGGAUUUUUACCAAAGUAAUGAGCAUCAUGAUCACGUUACUAUGUAGGCAAUGAAAAGGUCAGAGUUAGCUAUAAACAUGUAUUUUAAUAGUAGUUUUCUUAAUUAUAUGAUCACUGUAGGAAAGUUAAAACAUUGAGUAAUUUCUAAAGAUGGAGGAGACUGGGAAGAAAGGAGAAAAGUUUUCUGUAAUUCUCCAAGUUAACUUCCUCCACGCCUGGCUUCAGUGCACACUUAUGUUAUGACCUAUUCUCUUCAGUUAAUGUAUUGAGAAUACUCCAUGUUAAUAAAGGCUGAUUUGACAGCA